ACACUGAGGCUGCUCUGGGCCAGGGUCACGCCGAGCGGGGCUCUUCUGAGAGUCCCAGGGGAGCGGCAGGGUGAAUUCCCGACCCUGCCCCCUAGAGUUCAGGCCGGACAUGAGCCGCGCGGGGUGCCCAGCCCGGCGGGGGGCGCCGAGCCCAGGACAGGGAGCGGCGACAGGCGGCUGGCGCGGCGCUACUCUCCCCCCGCCUGGGCGGGACAGCAACAGAACAGCGGCAGGAGAAGAAGAUGGCGGCGGCGGCAGCGGCGGGAGCAGCCGCCUCGGAGCAGCAAAGUUCUAAUGGCCCUGUGAAGAAGUCUAUGCGUGAGAAGGCUGUGGAGCGGAGAAACAUUAAUAAAGAACACAACAGUAACUUUAAGGCUGGAUAUAUCCCAAUUGAUGAAGACCGUCUCCAUAAAACAGGCUUACGGGGCAGGAAAGGCAACUUGGCUAUUUGUGUGAUUGUUCUCCUUUUUAUUUUGGCUGUCAUCAAUUUGAUUAUCACACUUGUCAUCUGGGCUGUGAUUCGUAUUGGGCCCAAUGGUUGUGACAGCAUGGAGUUUCAUGAGAGUGGCUUACUGCGAUUUAAACAAGUAUCCGACAUGGGAGUUAUACAUCCAUUAUAUAAAAGUACAGUAGGAGGCAGGCGUAAUGAAGAUUUGGUUAUCACUGGAAAUAACCAGCCUAUUGUAUUUCAGCAAGGAACAACAAAACUUAGUGUGGAAAAGGACAAAACCUCCAUUACCAGUGAUAUUGGUAUGGAAUUUAUUGACCCAAGGACACAGAAUACUUUGUUCAGCACAGACUAUGAGACUCAUGAGUUUCAUUUGCCAAAUGGAGUGAAAAUUUUGAAUGUACAGAAGGCAUCUACGGAGAGGAUUACCAGCAAUGCUACCAGUGACCUAAAUAUAAAGGUUGACGGACGUGCCAUUGUUCGUGGAAAUGAAGGUGUUUUCAUCAUGGGCAAAACCAUUGAGUUUCGCAUGCAUGGUGAUAUGGAACUAAAGGCAAAAAACAGCAUUAUCUUAAAUGGAACUGUGAUGGUCAGCACAUCUCGACUUCCAAGUUCUUAUGGGGAAAAGUUUAAUAAUGUUGACUGGCUGCGCUACAAGCUCUGUAUGUGUGCAGAUGGAACUCUAUUCCGAGUUGAAGUGAAGACCCGCAACAUGGGUUGUCAAACCUCAGUCAACCCUUGUGGAACCACACACUAAACGCAAAGUACUGGGACAAGAGCAGUCAUGAGGAGAGUUCAUUUACGUUUUUACAUUUGUGUGUAUAAAACAAUUGCAUGCCAAUUAUUUCUGUUUACACAACAGUUUAUUAUAAUAUUUAUUACUAACAUUUUUAGCACAGCAGUAUUAUGUCUGUUGCAUAAUUUCAGUAUUUACAAUAGAGUAUUUACCAUAAUGGGUCUGAUUUAGCAAGAUGCUUAAGCACAUGCUUCAGCAUACACACUUGAUCAAAUAUCUUGCUGAAUUGAGGCCAGUAAGAGAGAUUUACUGGGGGAUUGAUCCUACAAGAUGCUGAGCACCUCCUGCAAAGAGUCCUCAACUCCUUGCCUCUGAAGUGCUGUUUUACUUCCUCUCACCUCAGAACUCUGAGAAGUUGCUGGAAUCUGCAUGGAGUGAGGUGUAGAGUUGGGAGGAUGCACAUUGUUCCACCUUGGGCUCUGCAGAGAUUCCUUGGAUAAAGCAAUACAGUUUGCAGCUCUGUUACUUGUUCCACAGACCCUCUUUUUGGUUGCGCAGAUCAUUCUUUAAGAAGCGGACUUUGAGGUAACUGUGGUAAGAGGGAGGCGUUGGCAGCAUAGGCUUCAUUGGAGCCAUGCUUUGUGGCAGUAACAGGAAACCAACCACAAAGGAACAAUUGGGAAGGAUCUUUCCAGUUCGUUAGAGAUAAACCCUACAGGAAGGGGCCAAAGGGCAAUCUAGCUUCUUUUAUAUAGAUGUGUUAUAUGCUGAUUUUCAGCCCACCCUCAACCAGACCUUCAUUUUUGCACCAGUAAUUAUUUAGAGUGCAGUAAAGGUCCGUCAUCUAAAUAACUGCUUUGUAGAGACAAUCUGUACCUGACAUCCAAGUAACCUUUUCUCCAUCUCCAAAUAGCCAUACUCACAAUUUGGAUGCAAAAACAGAGGCUAGCUUUCAAAACUAUAGCCCUGUAACUGCAGUGAAAUCUUCAUUCAAAUAGCUUCAGUUUUUAUUUGCAGUUGAUGAAUAUUGACUGUUGGAAUAUUAAUAUGAACUCUUGACAAUUUUCUUUUGAUUAUUUUCAAUUAAUUAGAGAAAAGCAUAUGUUGACUUAUUUGAUCCUUAAGAAGACAUUAAGAAAAAUCUGUGCCCAACAUUUUAGGCGGAACUGGGACAGUCAAUUAUUGUAUUGUAUCUGCUUUGAUAUUUAGAAGCUUGUCUUCUACUUUGAAAACCCAUUUUUUAUUUUUUGGAGGGUAGCAAAGCAGCAUGUAUUCAAAUACAUGAUCAUGUCGAAGUAAAUAUAAAAUUAAUACAGAAAGCUGAACAAUAGCUAUACACAUAGACAGAAACAAAAGUAACAAAUUCUUAAUAGGAAUCAAAGGAUAAUAGAUUUUCUGGCUUCAGAGCACACCUAUAAUUUGACUCAGUGAAAAUGGCAGCAGUUGCCCAACUGUUAAGUUAUGCAUUUUUUUUUUCUUUAGGAGAAUAAGUUGCUUCUUUGUAAGGAUGCGCCAUACUUUAUUCAACCAGAAGCUUAGAGAAGAAAUUGGGAAUUAAACUUUUAGGAAGCAAUAGAAAGCCAUUAAGUAGCUAUUAAAAAAAAAUUUGUGGAUGGAAUCAAUUCUGCUACUGGGAAUAGCAGUAUCAAUAGCAGGCCAAUGGAUGUAGGUGUAUUGGAAAAUCCCAUAUCAUACUAGCUUGCAUUUUGACCAUUUCCCAAAACAUUUAUAUGAUAUGCAGUCCUAUUCUAUGUGAAUGAAAGAGCCUACAGCAGAAUCCUAUUUAAUUUCCAAUUGCUUCUGCUGUGCAUUUUGAUGUCUGUUUUUUAAAAAAAGAAAAAUUCUCUAGAUUCAGAAUUAUCAUGGAAAUAUAUUUCCAUACAUCAACAUUAGUUCACAGUUAUUGUUUCAGCAGAAUUAUUCAUUUUUUUCAUGUUUGAAAUAUUUAGUUGGCAAUACUGAAAUUUGGAAUUUAUCAGAAGUAUUUCUUGGACUCCCAGCAUUAUAGUAUCUAAGCCCCAGCCUAGUUAUGCUACAUUUUUAAUUAUAUAUGGUAUUUAUAAUAUAUUUUAUUUCUGUUGCUGAAAUGCAGUGUUUCAAAGGUGUAUUGAUAUUAGCUUUCCUCUACUAUAUUAGGGUAACACAGUUUUUUCUUGGGUACCUUAAUAAAAAAUAUUCUAUGGUAUUCUACAGGUGAGGAUUCAAAACACUGUAAUAACACUAUUGUAGGCCAUAGUGAUUGAGACCAUUACUUUUCUAAAUAAAAAAAAAGUGUAGCUAUUUACGACUAGAAAUAUAAUAAAUUUGUUACUGAGUAAACUGGUAUUUGAAUUUGAAAUUGAGCAGAUGUUCUGUAGUUAUAAAUGUGAAAGUAAUCUAGGUCCCAAUUCUGCAUUGUAUGGAAGCAUCUGCCUAAAUUUUACAUAAUGAGAAUUAAUACAUGCUUAAAAGUUAAUGCAAGUUCUUACGUAUUGUGAUGAAUUGGGGUCUUAAUGAAACCUUUGCACUUUGAGAAUGAUGGCAGCUUUUAUUAAAACCCUCUUAACUGUUUUUGGAGAGAGAAUCAUGUAUUCCAGUGUAAAAAAUAAACUUGCUAAUUAUAAGGCUUUUAUACUUGUUACCUUAGAGACUAACAAAUUUAUUUGGACAUAAGCUUUUGUGGGAUAUAAGCCACUUCAUCAGAUGCGUGGAGUGGAAAAUACAGUAAGCAGAUAUAAAUAUACAGCACAUGAAAAGAUGGGAGUUGCCUUACCAAGUGGGGGAUCAGUGCUAAUGAGGCCAAUUCAAUUAGGGUAGAAGUGGCCCAUUCCCAACAGUUGACAAGAAGGGGUGAAUAUCAACAAAGGGAAACCUCUCCAGCGCAUCAUCAAGGAUCUACAACCUAUCCUGAAGGAGGAUCCCUCACUCUCACAGACCUUGGGAGACAGGCCAGUCCUCGCUUACAGACAGCACCCCCAACCUGAAGCAAAUACUCACCAGCAACUAUACACCACACAACAAAAACACUAACCCAGGAACUUAGCCCUACAACAAACCCUGUUGCCAAAUCUGUCUGCAUAUCUAUUCAAGGGACACCAUCGUAGGACUUAAAAACAUCAGCCACACCAUCAAGGGCUCAUUCACCUGCAUAUCUACCAAUGUGAUAUAUGCCAUCAUGUGCCAGCAAUGCCCCUCUGCCAUGUACAUUAGCCAAACCGGACAGUCUCUACGCAAAAUAAUAAAUGGACACAAAUCAGAAGUCAAGAAUUGUAACAUUCAAAAACCAGUAGGGGAGCACUUCAGGCUCUCUGGACACUCAGUAACAGACUUGAAAGUGGCCAUUCUUCAAGAAAAAAACUUCAAAAACAGACUUUAACGAGAAACUGCGGAACUGGAAUUAAUUUGCAAACUUGACACCCUCAAAUUAAAGACUGGGAGUGGCUGGGUCACUACAAAAAAUAAUUUUCCCUCUGUUGAUACUCACACCUUCUUGUCAACUGUUGGGAAUGGGCCACUUCCACACUAAUUGAGUUGACCUCGUUAGUACUGACCCCCCAACUUGGUAAGGCAACUCCCAUCUUUUCAUGUACUGUGUAUAUGUAUCUUCCUGCUGUAUUUUUCCACUCCAUGCAUCUGAUGAAGUGGGUUAUAUCCCAUGAAAGCUUAUGCCCAAAUUAAUUUGUUAGUCUCUAAGGUGCCACAAGGACUCCUUGUUGUUUUUACUGAUACAGACUAACACGGCUUCCCCUCUGAUACUCGUUACCAUUAGUUAGAAAUAGUGUUGCUUUCUGUUAGCCACUAGUGAUCUUAAUAAUGGAGGCCAUGUAAGUGAUUUCCUGUGAAUGGUUAUUAACAGGCUGUACUAGUACUAGAAAUUUCUAGUACGAAUAGGUAUACAAAUGUUACAUAUUAACUUCCCUACUGAAUGUGGUACUUAUGAAAAGAUAAGUAAGGUCUAAUCUAAUUUUAUUGGCUGACAGUACGCGAAGGUGUGGUAGGCAUGUCACAAAAGACAGUCACAGUCCUACACUGGGCCCUGGUGAUGUCAGUGGGACUCUGCACGAAUGCAGGAGUGUACACAUAUGGAGUUGAUUGCAGGAUUGGGGCCUCAGUUUAGACAUGAUGCAACAACUGAUUGUGUCAAACUGGAGGGAGGAGGUGGUAUUAGGUUGAAUGAUGGCAACAGCAAAAUGAUUUUUACUCCAGUGGUUUAGUUUUAAAAAAACAACAGUGAAAGUAAUUGUCUCGCUCACUUUAGACAUGGAAUAAAUGUUGAUAACAUUUUGCACAUACACAGCACAUUUCAUUCAUGGAGCUUAAAUUGCUUUACCGAAGUGGAUAUUUGUUAUCCCUAUUAAUAUUCUUUAAAAUAUAAAUUUACCUGAAACAUACAAAUUCCUUAGCUAUUUUAAGUAUUGGUAUGUAGAACUUGUGUGUUAUAGCUCAACAUGGCAAAGAAACAAAAUGAAAAGCUUUUAGUAUUUUCACCCCAUAUUACUAAUGGCAGACUGAUACUUUAUGGGCUUCAAUUUAUAGAAGUUUCAUUUUAAAAAGUUUUCAGCAGCACUUUCUGUCAAAGGUAUAUAUAAAAUCUGUAUGGGCACAUUGUGGUCGUUAUAUGGUUAAUAUUGAUAACUUUGGCUAAUUAUGUGCAUGACCACAUGACUGCAUACAGUACCUGGAUUUAGAGUUCUUCUCACUGAGGUACUAAAUGCAAACCUGUUCGAAAGAACUUAUCUCAAAAACCUGUAAUAGUGUUAAAUUAUGUCUUUGGAUUUGUUUAAAAUGUCCAUUUGUAAUUUAAAGUUAGCAAAAAUAAUCCUCAUUCCUUUAAGAAUUGAUAUGUAUGGUGCUUGCUAAUUAUUUGUAAAUUUUCUUAAUAUAUUUGGUUGCCUUCCAUAAACUUUACACAGAUUGAAAAAAAUAUGGAUGCGAUAUAUACCCUGUGUUGUGCAUUUAAUUGUGAUUUAACUUCUAACUGCAUCCGUUUAUAUUUUCUGGAUGUUUUUGUUUAAGUUGAAGAUUUCUUGUGUGCUCCUGUAUUUAUUUAACUACUAGAUACAUUUGAGAUUCUAGGAAUAUUGAAGUACAGACUACAUGCCUCUGUGUAAAAUAGUGUUAUGUACUUCCAAAACCUCUUGUUCUUGAAGAAAGUUAUUCUCAGCAUUUGUAAUUAUUGUUGUUUCAAUAUGUAAAACAGAAUGUUGAGUUUUUAAUCCAUAUGUUUUUGAAGUGAAACAAAUAAAUUCUAAAAAUCUA